AUGGAGCCCUGGCAUGUAAGUGUCCAAUCCCUGAUCCAGACUGUCCUCUAUCAGAUCCUGCCUUGUGUCGUUGGCUGCCUGCUGGCUGUUGCUCUUUCUGUUUCAGCCAUGGCUCCACGUUCCUCUCCAUCCAGCUGUGCCAGCUGCGCCUGUCUGGCGGAAAAGAUCCAGGAGCUGGAGAGAAGGAUCUCCACCCUCUACCAGAUCCAGGAAGCCAAGAAACUCAUGGACACCAUCAUCUUCAGAACACCACAUCCCGAAUCCACUGUCUCAUCGGAUCCAGACCCCGCCACUCCCAACAACUCUCCUCCGGCUGCUGCGACCACCUCUCCUCCGCCUGCUCAUCCAUCCCUCUCCCCCAAUGUCUCCUCAACAAGGCUGGGAGCAGAACCCAAGCAAAAUCCGCUCCCCAUGCCCGACCAUCUGCACGCCGGGUUCCUCCAGCGGCGCUCGAUGCCAUGCUUCACACCUGCACUGCGGCUGGCCCGUGUACCUCCCGUCUUGUCUCCGAUGACGACUUUAAUUGUGGGUGACUCCAUUAUGAGAAACCUCUGCUUUUUUAACGCUGUCACGCAGUGUUUCCCCGGUGCGAGGGUCCUUGAAAUUUUAACACUUCUCCCCACUCUGUUAAAAUCUCUCCCAACUUCCAUCCAGAGAAUCAUAAUCCAUGUCGGUACAAAUGACACGUCCCUCCACCAGACCGAGCUCACGAAGGACCAUUUUACCCAACUUUCCAACUUCCUGAAGAACUGUGAACUGUCUGUUUUUAUCAGUGGUCCCAUUCCCACUUCUGGUCGUGGGUGCGGGCGCUUCAACAGAGUGCUCAGCUUGCACACCUGGCUCCAAUCUGCCUGCCAAGCCCAUAGCUUUGCCUUCGUGGACAAUUUUAAUCUUUUUUGGAACCGUUCGUCCCUUUUUAAACUGGAUGGUAUCCACCCGAACACCGCAGGUGCAUACUAG